CACAUACACAGACUUAUCCCUAAAAUAUGCAAAGGGGAACCUUACAGUGGCAUAUACUAUCAAUGUAUAUUCAUAGAUAAACCUUAUCCAAAGCAUGAGGUUGGGAAUACUUGAAAUUUCGAUUCUCGAAUGUGCCUUUGGAUAAACCUCUAAAUUCUCCCUUCUCUCUCUCCAACAAACACCCUACUCCCCGAAAAUCCCUAACCCUGAUUUCUUUAUUCUACCAGUCAUAAGAGUUGCAGGAACUCGAAACCUGAAGCUUGGUUUUUCUUCAGUCAAAUCCAUGGCAGCAGCUAUCCUUUGCUGCUACUGCACACCCUCUUCUGCAUCUCCAAAGCAGGGAACAUUUGAUAAUUCGAAGGCUAGGUUUUGUUACGGUGGAAAGCCUGGUCGAUUUCGUGGAAUUACUAUGUCGCAGUGUAAAUCAUCAAAUAAUUAUUCGAGAUUUUCCCCCAUUGAACACAAGCGUGUGGAGAUGAAAGAUGAAGGUUUUGUUUGUUUAAGAAAGUGUGCAUUUGCUGUCGCAUUAUCACUUGGAUUGUUCAGUGGGGGCUCAUUUGGGGGCAUUGCUUCUGCAUUCGAGCCCAAGCCUGUGUUGCCAGAUCUUGCUGUUUUAAUAUCUGGCCCCCCAAUUAAAGAUCCCGGCGCUUUGUUGAGAUAUGCGCUUCCUAUUAAUAACAAAGCUAUCAUAGAGGUUCAAAAGCCAUUAGAAGAUAUUACAGAAAGUCUUAAGAUCGCGGGUACCAAGGCAUUGGAUUCUGUUGAACGUAAUGUGAGGCAGGCAUCCCGUACUCUAAAGCAAGGAAAGGAUAUGAUUAUUUCAGGCAUUGCCCCAUCUAAAAAGGAGCAUGGAGAGGAAUUGCUUGGGAAGCUUGAGGUUGGGUUGGAGGAGCUUCAAAAUAUUGUGGAAGAACGGGAUAGGGAUAGGGUAGCAUUGAAGCAAAAGGAGCUUCUUAAUUAUGUGGGCGGUGUUGAAGAGGACAUGGUGGAUGGUUUCCCAUAUGAAGUACCUGAAGAAUACAGUGGUAUGCCACUCUUGAAGGGGAGAGCAACUGUGGAUAUGAAGGUUAAGGUAAAAGACAACCCUAAUUUGGAAGAUUGUGUAUUUCGCCUGGUUCUAGACGGAUACAAUGCCCCUGUCACAGCAGGGAACUUUCUAGACCUGGUGGAAAGGCACUUCUAUGAUGGCAUGGAAAUCCAGAGAGCGGAUGGCUUUGUAGUGCAGACUGGUGAUCCUGAGGGACCAGCAGAAGGUUUCAUCGAUCCUAGCACAGAAAAGAUCCGCACAAUACCAUUAGAACUUAUGGUUAGUGGGGACAAAGCACCUGUCUAUGGUGCAACAUUAGAGGAACUUGGUCGAUACAAAGCUCAAACCAAGCUUCCUUUUAAUGCAUUUGGAACUAUGGCCAUGGCAAGAGAUGAAUUUGAGGAUAACUCUGCUUCUAGUCAGAUCUUUUGGCUUUUGAAAGAGAGUGAACUCACUCCUAGUAACGCGAAUAUAUUGGACGGGAGAUAUACAGUUUUCGGGUAUGUGACUGAGAAUCAAGACUUUUUGGCAGAUCUCAAGGUUGGGGAUGUUAUUGAGUCCAUGGAAGUUGUAUCCGGUCUUGAUAAUCUUGUCAACCCAAGUUACAAGAUUGCAGGAUAGGUGAAAGUAUAUUUUCUAAUUCAUUGAGGGUCCAUAGGACCGGUCCUCUGCCGUCUGUUUUCUUCCCUUUCUUGUUUGUAUUCUGAUUGUGAUUUGAAUAUUGAGGAGACUCCAUUGUUAUUGAUUUCAAUAACCACCAUAUUUUUUUUACUUGGG